AUGGAAAGAAUCAAAUCAAAUGAAAAAUCAACCCCACUACGGCGCUCGAAACGCCUGGCCGGCCGACCUAGCGCAACUCCGGAACUGGCUCCGAAGCGUCCCCGCAGGCAAGCCCUCGGCACGCCAAAUCUGGGCUGGCGACUCGAAACGCCAUCGGCAGCCGAAUCCGACUCGAUCAUCUUCGUCCGCCGGUUCGAAUCUCCACCACCAGGUCCUCCGGUCAUUCAGGAGUUGGAUUCUGCAGUGUCGGAGGUCCGCAAUCCGGUUCGGGAAGGCCCAGAAACUUCCACGACCACCGUACAAGCAUCAGUAACGACGGUUGACGCGUGGACGGCCACUGCGGAGGAGGAUCCGGAAUCGCUCAACCUAGACGCGAGCGACGGAAGUUCGCUGUACUACUCAUGCGAGGAAGAGUCGUUUCUAAUUCCGGUUGGCGUUCGUAGGCAACCUGCCAUAAAUAUGGACGAACCGUGCUGCUCAAAAUCACUCCUUUAA